UUUCAGGUUAGAUGUUCGAUAAUCUGAAGGAUUAUUUGUCAAAACGAUUGAUACAACUAGCAUUAUGGGUUACUGAUGAUCCUGGUUCAUUUUUUACAACUCUAUUGCUAUGCAUUACACCAUUUUUGCUACUUACUAUUGUCCUUUCGUGGAAACUUCGUAAAGCAAUUAAAAAAGAAAGGAGACGUGAAAGAUUACAAAAAGGCAGUUUACGACGUAAGAAGAAAGAAUGAAUAAAUCAUAUUCAAGGAUAACU